GCGAUUACGUUUCAGGACGAACGACGUCGCGACGUUCCCGAAUUUCCCACAAAAUUUUACCUAAUUCGCCGUUCGCAGACAUUUCUGGAUAUCUGCAGCGUUCAAAUUUUUCCUCAAGGGAUGAGGGAUGAUAAUUUCGAACCACGACGCGCUCGGAAAAUAUAAUUAUUUUACCACCGGAUCGAACGCGUGAUACAACAAUGCGCACAAAUGAUAAUCGCCUGAUAUACAUAUAUAUUCCGACCACAAAUCAUUUGGCGAAUAACGUUUUUGAUUGCGCGUCGAUCGCUACGUUGCGUGCACAACGCGUUCCAUUGCCAUAUUCACCUUAUUGGUACAAAUGUCAAGGGGUUAUGACGAGGUAGAUUGCGACGUGGUAAGGAUCGAUAAGGUUUCAUAGAUCAUGGCGGCACCCGAUAGCUCAACAUCUGAAAACGGCGACUCCUCGUCUCCAAAUUCAUCGGAGGGCUCGUUCGACGCGGAGGCAUUGCGGUUGGAAAACUUGGAAAAUGGAUCAGUGGAAGUAAAAUCUUCUUCCGAAUCGGAGUCGACCGAUUCAAAGAAGCAAACGGCCGAGGGUGAGGUAUACGAGCGUUGAAAUUCCCGCGCACCCUGGACGGGUAGAUUUUUCGUUCUCCCGUCAUUUUGUGCACAGAAAAUCAAGGAGGGGGUGUGGAAAUCCUACCGUCUCUGCCUGAUCGCAAUUUUGAUGACGAACUUGAUCCACUACUGGAAUCCAAAAUGGCACGAUGAUUCGGAAAAUCCUGCGGCAGGUGAGCUAGAGAAAUGAAUAAAAAUCAACCAGACCGCCGACACUAACGCUCACCCCCAGUUAUGCUCGUCAUUCACUUCGCGCUGAUCAUGGUGUUCGUACACCUGCCCCUGAACUACGUGGAAAUAUUUCUCGCCCAUUACACGAAACAGCCGCCGAUAAAUCUAUGGAAAAUUUGUCCCAUAAUCAUAGGUAGGACUCCUCUGUACGAUCGAUGUGCAACGAGGUUCGAUAAUUUUUUUUUUUUUCCGUUUCUUAGGCUACUGUUAUUCCAUCAUGGCGUACUCUACCCUCCAGUCAUGGCUGGACUCGGUCCACUGCGGUAGAAAUUUGUUCUAUUUGAUCGUGACGGUAGUCGAACAAGCGCCUUGGCUCCGAUGUCCUCCGGGAUCGAGUGGCGAGUGUCUCGUGGUCACGAGCGAAACGAAACUGUCGAUGGGGUGCAAGUCGGUUGAGAACGACACCAGCAUUUGGUGCCCGGAGAGAGAAAACUUCGACUUUUCGGCCCAACUGUGGUUCAAGUUAAAGCCCCUUUUGUCGCGACGGGCUACCGAUGGAAAAUUUUCUAAACGAACGAAUGAAAAUUUGCCAAUAGAUCGCGAUUCACGAAUAAAACGAACGAAAGUUCGGCGCAUCUGGACACCCAGUGGAAACUUGUACUCUGUACGAUAGCUCAUUGGAUAAUCGUAAUGCUCAGUGUACUGAGGACUGUUUACAGAUUCGGUAAGGUAGGCGCUAAAGAAUGUCUCGAAUAUUUUCAUGCGCAUAUUGCAACGCUCGUGAGUAGAGAAAAAAGAGAAGAAAAUAGAAAAAUCUGCAUUCCAUGUCAGACCAUCUACGCCCUGAGCAUAGCCGUUCUCGUCUUCGCCGCGUUCCACGUGACGUACAUUCUCUGCAACAUAAACGUAAUCGCUUUAAUGAGGAUCGCAUUCCGACCGCCGAAACUCGAGGACUUCGUAAACGGAAAGGUAACGUUCCCUCUGCGCGAGACACUCUUCAUUACCUCUUUUUUCUCUAAAGCUCUGGGCGAUCGCUUACAUUUCCACAUUAUGGCGGGCCCACGUGACGGUGCCACCCUUGACGAUGACCUUCAUCUCCCGGGUCGAUUCCAAAUUCAACGUCGGAUGGUGCGCUAUAACCGCCACGUUCGCUUCCUUCUUUUUCAUGUUGAUAAAAACGAUGGGUCGAGGAGGCUUGCUUCGACUGAUAGCGAAACGUUUGAACGUCGAACCUCGACUCCUAGUUUCGAACAGUUGAGUAUACUUUGUACCGCCCUUCGUAUCGCUCGCCGAUUAAAUUUGUUGAAUCGUUUCGACAGACGCCAGCAGCUCUCUUGCCAUGAUGCCCCAGCACCUUGGUACACUGCCAAUGCCGCUUAUGUGGACAUUUUAUUGGUUCGCUGUUCGAUAUCUCCUGCUAUGGCUUCAAUCCACUCUGUACCUGACAACCCUUUCCGGGAAAUUAAAUGCCCACUUUCCGGCGCUCGGAACGCCACUGAUGCUGCUCCGUGGGGCCAUGAUGGCCAUAAUCCCAGUGUUUGCGCUGAAGCAAGUCAUGUCCGCCAUUUACAACGAGGCCCACCGUAGGACUCAACGGAGCGAAGAUGCUAUCGGAUUUAAAUUUUUCCCACAAUGAAGAUUCGAGAUAUUCCGACGAAGUAGAGUCGAAUAAAAAUAUGGGAAUUCAAUCGAAAUACCGGCUAGGAAAUUUCUAAUUGUUUUAUCGAUCUGAAAAAAAUUUUUUGGUGCUUCGAUCCAGAGAUGAAAUAAAUCAUUGACGAUUUUCAAUAAAUUUUGAUUAAAAAAAAAACGUUUUCCACCCAUCGGUGCAGUGCAAGUGACAUUUCCGUAGAAUAGACUAUAUGCAUAAAAUACGCAACUUAAUUUAAAUGAAACAAUUUUCUACUAACGUUAUACCUAUUAGAGCUUUUUGACGCAAAUUUUUCUGAUAUCUUUACCUAUUCCUAUUUAACUAGACAAAAUUAACUAUACCUGAUCCAACGGGACCAAAAACCUCAUUCGAAAGUACAUUGCGUAAUAUCUAUUCUGAAAUUUGCGCCAAUCGCAUCGCAUCGCGAUUUUCAAAAACGAAACAUAUCAGUGAUCUCGAAUUUUCGAGCUCGUUAAUAAUAUCAGCUUCUCAGAAUCCGAAUUUUAAAAAUUUGCGAUCCAGAAUCUCUCCGGACUGUGAACACAUAAUACAUAAAAAAAAAAAGCAAAAAUUAAACUGCGAGGGAAAUCGAAAGUAAAAACUAAUUAGUGGUAGAAGAAGUGUAAGAGAUUUGAGGCAGAAAAAAAACAAUAAAAAAAAAGUCAGAGGGGAAAAUAGCAGGAAGAAGUAGAAGAAGAAGAAGCAGACAGGAUGCCUCCACCGACCUCGACGCGGGAGAAUUCCGAGGCAAUUCGCAUGGAAUCCCUAGGGAAGACUUCCGCUUCUCGACCGCCGGGCCAAAACGGAAACGCGAAUACGGAAAUACCGGGAAAUUCAGGGGAUAGUAACACGGGCCUACACAAGCGCAGCAUCUACGAACACAACGGGGUCGCCGUUUGCUCGCAAAAAAGAGCAUUGUGCAUAGCGACCAUCGUCCUCGCCAUCCUAUUCGCAGUUUCUUUAAUCAUCGCAUUCGCCGGGCCACAAAACGAUUGCCCUUGCGCCGGCGAAAAACCUGCCAAUUUGGAGGCGGAGGAUGACGGUGAUUCCGGUGGACCGAUCGCCACGAAUGGAGAGAUAUUUCCAUGGAAUAACGUCAGACUGCCGACAUUCGCACAUCCGACGAGGUACAACAUCACCAUUCAUCCGAAUCUCACCACGCUGGAAGUCAAGGGGCAAGUCACUAUCGAAUUCUACGUCGACAAAGAGACCAAUUUUAUCGUCUUCCAUAGUAAAAAUUUGACAAUAAACGAAAAGGUGAGUUUAAACACCCGACGCCGUUCAAAUCCCUCGUUAAAAUUUCACUCAACCUCGCACUCGUCUUGGUCGCAGAUGGUCCAGGACCGCAAAGGCCACCGCCUGAAAAUAUCUCAACUGUUAGAAUAUCCCAAACAUCAACAGCUUUACUUAGAACUAGAGGAGAGUAAAUUUCGCAAGAGAGGAAAUUACACCGUACAUCUAAGAUUCACUUCAAAACUAUCGAAUGAGCUCGAAGGAUUUUACCUGAGCAGCUACAUUACGGCGGAGGGAGAAAAAAGGCACCUAGCCACGACACAUUUCGAGCCGACAUACGCCAGGUCUGCAUUUCCCUGUUUCGACGAACCGCAGUUCAAGGCGAAAUUCAAAAUGUCCAUAUUCAGGGACAGAUUUCACAUAGCGCUCUGUAAUAUGCCUGUCGUGAAUACGGAGGACGCUGGAUUUUACAUGGGAACUGGUCUCAACGAAUCGUUUUCCCAGCUCCGCGACGACUUCCAAGAGUCCGUCGAAAUGUCCACUUAUCUGGUGGCGUUCGUCGUUUGCGACUACAAAAGGGUCACCGAUAUGACGUCCAGGAACGUCUCGGUGAGCGUUUACGCCCCGGAAGCCAUGCUGCCGCAGGCUCAGUACGCCGUUAAAACGGCGGCGAAAAUAAUGGACUACUUCGAGUCCUACUUCGGCAUACAUUACCCCCUUCCGAAGCAAGACUUGAUAGCUAUCCCCGACUUUGCCGCCGGUGCGAUGGAAAAUUGGGGUCUGAUAACUUACAGAGAAGCAUCGAUACUUUACGACCCCGAAGAAACGUCUACCGCUGCUCAUCAGUGGGUGGCGAUAGUGGUGGCCCACGAACUGGCCCAUCAGUGGUUCGGUAACUUGGUGACGAUGCGUUGGUGGAACGAUUUAUGGCUUAACGAGGGUGCCGCCAGUUUCUUCGAGCACAAGGGGGUGGAUCACGUGGCACCCGAAUGGGGUAUGAUGAACCAGUUCAUACUCGAUAAAACGCAAUCGGCUCUCGAUCUCGACGCGUUGGCGAGCAGCCAUCCGAUCAGCGUACCUGUUAAAGACCCCUCCGAAAUCGAGGCGAUAUUCGACACCAUAAGUUACAACAAGGGGGCCUCGAUUCUCUACAUGCUCGAGGAGUUUCUGCUCGAAGAUGUUAUGAAAAAGGGUCUGAACGAUUACCUGAACAGCCACAAAUACGGUAACGCUGACACCGGUGACCUGUGGGCAGUUUUUACCAAGCACGCGAAUCACUCGUUCGACGUCAAGAGCAUAAUGGAUACCUGGACGCAACAAAUGGGCUAUCCACUGAUCACGAUAAACCGGAAGGGUAACACGAUAUACGCGACCCAGAAAAGGCUGCUUUUGUCUCCCAGCGACAACGAAACCGAUCUACUGGAGCCCAAAUCACCCUUUAACUACAAGUGGUACGUUCCCCUCAGCUAUUACACGGACAUCGAACCUCGGGUGGCGAACAACGUCUGGAUGAACUUGACCGACGUUUCGUUCGAGAUUCCCGCAUCGGUUGAAUGGAUCAAAGUGAACGUGAACCAGACCGGUUUUUAUCGGGUCACGUAUUCCGAGGAAAUGUGGACUUCGAUUAUAACAACCCUCCACAACAAUCACACCGUUUUUAGCCCCGCGGAUCGAGCGAACCUGAUCGACGACGCUUUCACGCUGUGCAGAGCGGGGGUGCUGAACGCAACGAUUCCAUUGGAGUUGUCGUUGUAUCUACUCAACGAACGAAACUUCGUCCCUUGGGCAACAGCUACGCAGCACUUGGAAUCAUGGUCAAAAAGAAUGAGCGAGACUUUAGGGUUUAAAAAAUACAUCACAUUCAUGAAGACCUUGCUCGGACCCGUCACCACUCACGUCGGGUGGAACGACACGGGAACGCAUUCGACCAGGUUGCUGAGAGACAACGUUUUGCAGAGCGCGUUGACGGUGAACAUCGAAAGUGUCGUUAAACCUGCGAAAGCAUUAUUCGACAGCUGGAUGAACAAGGGAACGAGGAUUCCUCCCAAUCUACGGGACAUCGUUUACACCGCGGGCAUAAGAUACGGAGGUGAGAAGGAAUGGGAUCACUGCUGGGAUGUCUACAAAAAAACUCAGAUACCAAGCGAAAGGAGGAUUCUCUUGAAGGCCCUCGGGGCGUCGAUGGAUCCUUGGAUUCUGCAGCGCUACUUGUUAUCCUCGUUAGAGAGAGAAGAAAUAAAGCCACAGGAUGUCGAGGCGGUUCUUUCCGUGGUGGCUAAUAAUCCAGAGGGCAGAUUCCUCACGUGGCGUCACUUGAAAGCCUACUGGCCCAAGUUACAGUCGAUGUUUGGAAACGGAACAUUCACAAUGGGAGGACUAAUUUCUGUGGUCACUUCCCAUUUCUGUACGGAAUACGAUUAUCAGGAGGUGUCGGAGUAUUUCAAAAAAGUCGACGUUGGCAGCGGUCAACGAGCUUUGGAUCAGAGUUUGGAGACGAUAAAGCUGAACAUCCACUGGGUAAGAGAGAACGCUGAAACAAUAAACCAAUGGCUACACAACUAUUUGAACAUCAAAGGGAAGAGCUAGGUGAAUUAUGAGUGAGUUUUUCAUUUUUAAUACCAAUCCAAUAGGGACGGGCAUGCCCCCGCCCUUUUUUUGGGUAGACAGUUAAUUAGAUAAUUCAUCGAUAACGAAAAACCGCCAGUUUUUAUGAUUGAACAAUUGGUCGUCGACGUCCAAAGUUUUCAACAAUUCUCUGAUGACCGAUAAAAUUAUCCUUAUAGUAGAGAGAAGGCCAUAAUAAAGAAAGAGUAAAUGCUCGUCUGGAUUUAUUUAUUUUUUUUUUUUCCUUUCUUUUGUAUUUUUGUACCAUCAGUCGACGACGUCCGAAAAUUCUGAACUUCGAAUAAUUGUAAUGGGAUUGGGACGUGUCGUGAACCAGUAAAAUAAAAUCCAUUCAAAUAAAAAAAGGAAAGAAUAUUCGAUUGUCAAUUGCAGCACACAAUUAUCUGCUUACUUAAAUAAUAAACGUUAAGUCAAUCGAUAAGUAAAUUCAUAGGGACCUGCGAAUUCGCUAGUACUGCCUUAACAUGCACUUUGCAUAUCUGGAAAAAGUUUGAUAAUUAACAAUGAAUUUAUUAAUCAGUUAGAUACAAUAAUAAAAACUAAAUAAAAAUAACUAACAAAAAAUAAAUAUGUAAAAAAAAAAUCCUCUCUAAUAUUUAUUACUAUACAUGGUUCUGAACAGCCAGAGGGGGUAACGAACGAUUUGAAUCUGAUUCGAUUUUUAGGAAAAUAAUAAUUAUUAAACAAAUGAUCGGAUCACGAAAAUUGUCAAGCACGGUCUAACAAGAUAUACGAUUGAUAAGCGAAUCCAUCCAUACGUAGAAAGAAUUACAUGGCUGAACGAUUAAGAUUUCGAUUAAAUCUUACCAGAAAAUCAAACGUCAAGUAAUAUUUUCUCUUUCCAAAUUUUUCUCUUCGGAAGAAAGAGCAAAAAAAAAAUUGGAGAAUCUUACUCUAUACCUGCCUGUUGAAUUCUGAAAACAGAAUUUAUGGUUUCCUGGUUUGAAUUUUCGAACCUAAUAAUUAUUUUCGGCUUCGAAACGGAAUGUGUACAAUAAACCGGUAAGAUAAAAAUUGGGGAGUGAGAAGAUCUGAACAAGAUUUAGAUUUUUGGUAUAUUAUAAUAAAAAAAUAAUGAUAAUAAUAAUAUAAAUAAUGAUAAUUACUAUCAUUAUUAUUAUAUAAAUUUAAGUAGCAUAUCAAAAUUGAUAUUAAGUUGCGUGUAAACUUGUGUUGAGUGAGACACAAUUUAUACCCAAGUAUACACGAGUACAUACCUAGAAAUGAAACGUUAGUAAACUAAUCUAGACUAAUUAAAAAAUAAUCCUGAGCCAAAUGCGUUAGAAUUAUAAAUUAUGUAGAUGUAAUAAUAUUAUAAAUGGUGAGAAAAGUAAGAACGAAGCAGUUGAAGAGAAAAAAAAAAAUUGAAACAAAACUAGAACAUGAAAAAUGGAAUGCAGAAUAAAUAAAUAAUAUCAAUAUCCUUUACAUGUUGUGCGCAAUGUGUUCAUGUUGCUGAAAUUAAUUCGUGCAGCCUAAUUAAUCAAACUAAGGCCUGAAUAUCUGGGUUUCACGUUCGUUCACCGUCAUGCGACAUAAAGAACAUACAUCCAUUAUUAUAUAUUAUAGGUAUAAGACGUCGAGUGAUUAUUAACCAGAUUGUGUGCGUUAGAAAAUUCUAUAAAAUUAAUUAAAUUGAAAAAUUCGAUAUUUUACUAUACCGCAAAAUAAGUGUACGUAUAAUUAUUAGCGCAAUUGUUAGUCACAACGAUCUACACGUGUGUGAAAAUUUUCGGUUCUCUACUAGACUCGGAAGAAAAUAAAAACGGGUUAGCACAAAUCUCGUAGUAACCAUGAACGCCGUAAAAACAAAAUGCAGCAAAAAACUGAAAUGAAAUUUCGGGUCCAACCCGAGAGUCCGCGAUCGUAUUUUGUCACAAUUUUUUCACCACUCGCCGAAUUAUAAAAAACGAUCGACCGAUCGAAUGGCGUGGAUAUUUUUCCCUCCCACAAACUGUAAAUAUAAUAAUACGUAUUAAAAAAGAAUUUCAUAAAUUCGUUUCAAUAGAUUUUUAUACACGACUAUUUUUGACAUUUAUAAUUAUUAUCGAUUCCUGACGCACAACUGUUUAAAUCUAAAACUACCCCUUUUUUGCUGAUAGAGGGUAGCUGCUGGUUACAUACGCGCGUAUAGCAUAUUUUUUCACAGUAACAAUUUCCUGUUUAAAGAAAAAAAGAAUGAAAAUAAAAACGUGAUAGAUCAUCGUUUCAAUUUAUACGUAUAUAUACAUAUAUUUUUCCCCCUUUUUUCUGAUCUUUUUUCGUGUGUAAAAUAUUUUUCAAACGUCGUUGUGAAUUAAUGAAAUACGUCAUUACGUAAAUAUGUAAUGUGCACCGGCAAAAUUCCUAAGAUUUACCGUUUUUAACUAAUUACCAUAUAUAUUCUAUUUAUGAAAAAUGUGUACGUCAUUUACACGUGCAACAAACACGUCAGAAAAACCCAACAGAAUAAAAAUGAAUAACAGGGACGAUACGAUUGAUCGAUUGAAAUUCAAAAUCAAUAUUAUAAUAUACACGUUAAAGACUGGACUAAAUGAAGAGAUCAAAGAUUAAUUUAUUAAUCGAGUAAAAAUAUUUAAAGAAAAAAUAGAAAAAUAAAUAAUAACCGAUUGAUUCUAAUCGUGUUGAUAGCUACAGAUCGGUAUGUGUAUGUAUUAUAAAUGACUCCAAGAAAAAAGAGAGAAAAAAAUACAAAAAAAAAAAAACAUUAAUAUUGUCUAAUGCUGGAUUUCGUAUUUAAAGAAAUAUACGAAAAAUGUCGCAUAUAUAUAUAUUAAUAUUGUAUAUUGUAUAUUGUAUAUUGUUCUCUAUACAUAUAUACUGUACGUACUGUUGUCAUAGAUAUUUUGUUGUAUCAAAUUAAACUAUGUAAAUCACACAAAAUGAAUAUAUUAUAUGUUUAAAAUACAAA